UGCAGGUCCUGCUCUAAUUCAGGUCGGUUUUGUUAGAUGCUGUUUACAGCCAGUUAAUGUAGUAAUGUAGUUCAUACAGUUUCGUCGUCUUUAUCAUUAGAAAACCGUUCAAGUUGCGCUCCACAGAUAUUCGGCUAGUAUUAGUAAAGCUUGAGAGAGAAGAUGGUGGCUAUUUUACUCAGCUGCGCUGUGCGGGGAGAGAAUAAGGAUGUACGGAGCGCCGACAGGGAAAAUUACAAGGAACCAGCACCCAAGUCAACGCAUGACAAGGGAAUCCACUUGCAAGGGAUUGUCUGGAGAAAUGUUAUUCUUAUGGCUCUUCUUCAUGCUGCGUCCAUAUAUGCCAUCUUCUUGAUACCAACAGCACGACCUCUCACCUGGAUUUGGUCCUAUGUAUGCUUCUUUCUCACGGCCUUGGGAGUGACUGCUGGGGCUCAUCGGUUAUGGAGUCACAGGUCCUACAAGGCAAAGCUGCCCCUCAGGGUCUUCUUGGCUGCUAUAAACUCCAUGGCCUUCCAGAAUGACAUUUUUGAAUGGUCGCGGGAUCACAGGGUGCAUCACAAGUACUCAGAGACAGAUGCUGAUCCCCACAAUGCCAAACGGGGGUUCUUUUUCGCUCACGUUGGCUGGUUGUUCGUCAGGAAGCACAAAGACGUCAUCGAAAAAGGCCGGAGGCUGGACGUCAGUGACCUUUUGGCAGACCCUGUGGUGAUGUUUCAGAGGAGAUACUAUUUAAUGUCGGUCCUUGUGAUGUGUUUCUUGGUGCCCACUCUGGUGCCGUGGUACCUCUGGGGAGAGAGCCUGUGGAACUCUUACUUCCUGGCUGGCAUUCUGCGCUACACAGUCUCCCUCAACAUCACCUGGCUAGUAAACAGCGCCGCACACAUGUACGGAAACCGGCCAUAUGAUGUAAAUAUAAACCCCCGCGAAAAUGGCUUUGUCACGUUUGGAGCCAUUGGAGAGGGUUUCCAUAACUUCCACCACACCUUCCCCUUCGACUACUCCGCCAGUGAGUUCGGACUACGUUUCAACCCCACCACCUGCUUCAUAGACCUGAUGUGCUUGCUCGGCUUGGCCAGUGACUGCAAGAAAGCCUCAGCACAGAUGGUCCAGGCCCGCAAAUGCAGGACGGGAGAAGGAAGCCUGUGAAGAUCCGCUCAGAGGGCCAUCAUUCACUUAUGUAGGGGCUGAAUAUAUAAAGCAAAAGUCCUGCCAGAUAUUUGCUCCUACUAUUUAUUAAAUCAGGUAGAUCAGCUAAAUUAGUGAAAUUCCCUGUGUUAAAGGUACACUAUGCAGGUUUAGGUAUUUUUGGCGGCUGUAAAGCUCCCUCUAGAGCGAUAUAUUUAUAUUUUACUCUGCUGUUGUAAAUAUCAGAUUUCUCGUGUCUUAUCCCCCUGUACACAAUGAAAAUGAUCUACUGUCAAGGUAAUGUUUCACGAUUCUCGCGAGAUUUGUCUGGCUGCCAGUCUUGAAGUUGCAUGGCUGGUUUUCUCGGUAGCGACUCGCUACGUCUAUGCUGUAUAGCUAUGCUAGGUGAACGAUUCGCCUAUUACAAGUUCAUUUACCAUCAAAUUGGCCUCGUAAAGGUAAAAAUCUUGCAUAGUGUACCUUUAAGUGAAUAGGUAGAACCAAUACAUGGUAGAACUUUUACUUUCUGAAGCCAGAUAUUAACACUUUAUCAGUGUGUUUAUCCUUUUCUUCUUCAACUUUUUUUUGUCAGUUGCCAGUUGUUUCAUUGUGUCACGGUCAAGGCUGUAUGGAACAUUUCUUUAAUUGUAUCUCAACCAUUUUCCAAUUACAUUUAGUUGAACAUGAAUCUAUUUAUUGACUAAAGAUUAUAUUUAUCUUUUAUCUAUAGAUGACAAAUGGGGAGGGGUAAGUAAGUUAAUAUAGUGUGCCUCUCUGGAGUCUUCACAGAUGGUUUCAUCAACUACAUUCAAAAGAAAUGUAUGGAUAGUGUGUAUGAUGUAGCAGAGCAUUACAGAGACAGAAGCUGUAGAUCAGAUGAAAUACGGGGAUCAUAGGACACAUCUCACCAAAGUAUACAAUGUGGAUUUAGAGAUGAUAGGGAGAAGUAGCCUCACAUUUGUUUCCUGGUUAAUAGUGCUGGUUUGCCAUAGAUUUAAUAUUUGUUAAAAAAAAACAUGCUGUAUGUUUACAUAAGUGUAAAAUCUAAAUGUAUUGGACUGCUAUGGUUGGAUUUUUAUAUAUUUUAUCAACAGUUAUUUGGGUGUGCCACAGAGCAGGACUGGAAAGGGAUAAAACAUGGCCACCAGGCAAUAUUAAUUGUUAAUGCUGUCACAAAAAUAAAUUAUUUCCUUUACAAUUCAAUGAAAUUAGUUAAAUUAUAUUUGGAUUUUAUUUAAUUAAUCUCAUUCAAUAAGACAAAAGCAACUUGCAUAAAUAUUGCCAGGGGUCAGUUUGAGGGAGACCCCUACAAAGGUCAAAACAAGCUGAAUAUGCAACCCUACUUAAUUUCACCAUAGGGUUACAGACUUGCCUUAGCACCUAUUUGAAUGUACUGCCCAUUGCUGGUCAUGACAGAUUUCAAGUGUUUGACCACUAAACAAUCAACUGUUUGUAUUGUUGAGUAUUGAAGUGUUUUGAUAUUUCUUGCGCGAUAUACCCCAUAUGGGUGGGGGUGAUGAGAAGUAUAUCAUGGUUGUUUGGGUAAUAGUGAGAUAGCUUUUACACAUUUACAAUUUCCAAAGUCCACAAUGACUCGAUUGAGGAAUGUAUGGUUAUUUGACUUCUUUAUCUACAGAGGUCAAGAUUUCUACCUCCCUCUGACAUACAGAAAAGUCUAUAUUGGCGACUCAGGGUUAUUGGUUUAGUUAAGGUUGCAGUUUAACCACUCUGCCAAUGGAGGAUAAAUUAGAUGCUUUUCAUUUGUCUCAGUUUAUAUUCAAUGAGACAAUCCUAGCCUCCUUUUGCUUGCACAACAGAACACAAAGUGUGGUAGGCUACAUUUACUUACAGUUUUACACUUAUAAAGCCUAUACAUUGUCUAUGUCUAAGUACAUCUAGCAUAUUGUGAUAUUUGUGUAGUGCGAGAACUAUCAUGGUAACAAUCAAUGAAAAAUGUGUGUAUGAAUAAGAAAUUCUGUCAUAUUGUUGUAGCCAUUUAACAAUAUAGUUGUAACCACUAUUAUCUUGAAGAAACCUUUGUUGAGUCAGGGUAAUAGAUGCCAUCUUAAUACAGUUAUUAAAGGACACAAGUUUGAUAGGCAUAUAUCAGGAAUUAUUCCAUCUCUGCAGAGCAUUCAGCAGCAUUGACAUGGCUCGUUUUCACAAUUCCUCUCAUGUUUACUUUUUUUGGUAAUUCUAAGAAAUGUAUGAUGAGCUACAAAUGUAUUAAGGUUUGUAUUGAUCGAAACUUCUAAAUACAUGUUAAGCCAAACCUGGUCUGAUUUGUGCAUAUUUGAAUAGACAUCCCUUUUGAAUUUCUGUAACGUCGUGUGUGCAAAACUUGGCAGUUUAAUUAAAUCCAUAGAUUAGCCUAGACUAUUGGGUAGGCUGAGCUAUUUAGAGCUGAAUUUGCAUAAGUUGUUUUUUAUUUAAUAAAUUCUAUUGACUGGCUAUGUCCUUGUCAGCACCACCUACCAGUCUCUGCUAUAAAUGUAUACUGUAGGCCUACUCUUCCAUAAAUAAAUCAUGUGUAGACGUU